UUAACUCGGUCGUGCAGGUACUUCACGCGCUGUGGAAUCUCUGCGUCUAAAGGGAACUGACAGUGAAAUCAAUCAAAUAAGACCCAUGGUAUGAUUGAAACCAUAUUGUAACCUAGAUAUAAGCGCCGAUGCCGCUGAUCUUAUCCGCUGUUUCUAAAAUAUCGCAGAGCUGUUUCUUUUACCAUCUAGUCACGAUAAUUGUGGCGGUGGGACACCUACAUUUUGAAAUAAAGUUGAGAAUAAUCAGGCACAGAGAAUUUAUGAAAGAUAUUAUAUCGGCUGGAUUACUGCAGCAGCAUAGAAGAGUUUUCAGGGUAGCACAUCAAAUGGCACAGUGACUCGCAACGCCUAUCUUGUAUGUUGCUUCUGGUUCUUGAGUGAAGUUGACUGCGAGAUGACAAGU